CUUCUGCUUGCUUAUUUAUUUAUUUAAUAUUUCGUUCAUUCUAUCUUUCUUUCUGGAUAGUAUACAGCUUCCAAUCUUCUUGGAACUCUUUCUCUGCAACUGUAUUCAUCAUUUUCACGAAACAACAACAUAUCAAGAAAAGCAUUCUUUUUCUUAUAUGGGUUUCUUGUUUUCCCUUCUUUUUUUUUUAUAUAUAUUUUACUUAAUUAAGUAAAUAAAUCAUUUUGAGAUUGUUGCAUUUAUAGUUUUGCUGAAGUGUUUGAACCUGCAAGUACAAUUGAACAUUCAACAGUAAUUUUUGUUUCAGUAAAUGGAUUUUCUGUUGUUUUUUCAUAUGAAAUAGGAUUCAAACUCAAACACAGUGCUUGCUUAGUUGUAUAAAUUGUAAGGUCUGCUGUUCAUUGCUUAUUUCUUAGCUUUCAGUUUCUAUUCCUUACUUGUUGCUUAGAUUUAAUUGAAUUAAGUUGGUUUUGAAUCUGAAUCUGGUUCAGUUUGGUAUGUUACUUGGGUUUAGUUUUAAAUAAUUUCCUAGAGGGUGGAACAAACAGUGAACAGUGAAAGAAAAGGGUUUUGCUGCAAUUGGAAGAUCUGAAAGUGGUUACAUAUGGACUGGAACUUGAAGGCAACUUCUUGGGACUUGAGUGAAUUCAAGCAAGAAGCUAUUCCAAAUAUAGAUGGAUUUGAAAGGUCCAAUAAUGGUGGGGAUUUUUCAAUUGAUCUCAAACUCGGUAGGGUUGGUAAUUCAAACGGACCAGAAUCAAAUGACCAGUGGAAACAGCCUGCAGUCUCAAAAAUGGAGUCUUCUUCACCUUCAGUAUCAGCAAAGAGGACAAGAGCAACUAAAACUGGAACUCAAGCAACCUUUUGCCUUGUUGACGGAUGCAAUGCAGACCUUAGCAGUUGUAGAGACUACCACAGGCGCCAUAAGAUUCCAUUCCCUGGAGGAAUUUGAUGAAGGGAAAAGAAGCUGCAGAAAGCGUCUUGAUGGACAUAAUCGGAGACGAAGGAAGCCUCAGCCAGAUCUCCUCUCUCGUUCUGGAAGCUUUUGGUCCUACUUUAAAGGGUCCCAAUUGUUGCCAUUUUCUAGUUCAUCACAUGCAUAUCCAUCAACCACAUUGGUGAGUCCCACUUGGUCAGGAGCUGUGACCAGUGAGGCAGAUGCUACUACCCACAUCCACUAUAGUCCACAGCAACAAAUGCAUAUGCCUAGCAAACAGAAUCUACCCUUUGAAUGCUCUUUGAGCAAAAGCUAUAAAGAAAACAAUGUGGGUGGUAGCUACAGCAUGUUCUGCGACCGGCUAACUACAACAACAACAACAACAACUCAAGUUCAAAGCUCAGAUUGUGCUCUCUCUCUUCUGUCAUCAACGCAGACGCAGACAUCUGGGAACCGUAUAGUGCAGCUCCAGCAGCCUAAUUCAAUCCCUCUGGUGCAGUCCUUAGACACAAUGGAUUCAGCUCUUGAUGCACAUGGUCCGAAUCACUCCCCUUGGUCCUCUGCCAACAAAUCCCCAUUAACACUUCCUUUUAAUUGGGAGUGAUCGUAUAAUUGCUGGGAUUUUCCAUCUUUGUGGGUAAUAAUUGUGGAUUCCCAUCUCUUUUAAAAUCUAAACUGCAUUGUUGGAAAUUUGGAAUCUUUAUGUUCAUUGCUUCUGGCGUAGCUUAUACAUGCUAUGUUUGCAUGUCAACAAUAUUUUUCUUAUAAUAAAAUAUUUUGUUCAAUUUAA